GCUUAUGGCCGCAGUUGCUCGCGCGCCGCGCACAGCCGCGCACUCUGGCGCACACACGGCAUCGGCGUGACGGGAGCGAACGCGUACGGGAAAUAAACAGAGUGCGGCGUGUAGUAGUGGUGGCGAGAGCGCGCGUUUAAGAAUCAUGUCGUCGUCGAAUAAGAAGGCGAAGACAGACCUGGAGGAUCCGGGCUCGGGCGAGGGGGACGCCCGGGAUUACGACGUCGAGAUACAGAAGACCCUCGAGGAGAUCGACGGCUGUCAGAAUCAAAUCGAUGGCCUGAACGAGAAGGCCAGCGACGAGAUCCUCGAGGUCGAGAAGAAGUAUAAUAAGCUGCGCAAGCCCUACUUCCAGAAGCGUAACGACAUCAUCAAGAGGAUACCCAACUUCUGGGUCACCGCUUUUGUAAACAACAAAGAAAUAGCAGAAAUAUUGGAGGAGGAUGAAGAAGACGCACUGAGAUUCCUAAAUAAAUUAGAAGUUGAAGAAUUUGAAGAUAUCAAAUCUGGCUAUAGGAUUAAUUUUUACUUCGAUGAGAAUCCAUAUUUUGAAAAUGACGUCUUAACUAAGGAAUUCCACCUAGGAUCUUCUGGAGAUCCAGCAUCUCAAAGUACAUCUAUUCGUUGGAAAGAGGGUGCGGAUUUAACGAAGAAAUCGAAAACCAAAGCGCCGCUGAAGGGGCGCAAGAGGCCACUUAAACACAGGUCAUUUUUUGAUUGGUUCACGGAUCAUGGGGAUCCCAGCUCAGACGAGAUAGCCGAACUAAUUAAAGAUGAUAUGUGGCCUAAUCCAUUGCAGUAUUACUUGGCUCCUGAUAUAGACGUUGAGAAUGGCAUUGAGGGUGACGGUGAAGAAUGCGAGAGCGAAGAGGAGGAGGAAGAGGAAGAUGGCGCGGAUGAUGGCGAUGAAGGAGGAGAAGGUGAGGAAGGAGAUGAUAGCAUAGUGGUAGUCGAGGAUGAUGUCGAUGAGGAUGACGAUGAGGACGAGGCUGUGAACGAUGAGGAUGACUGUGUCAAUGAAGAUGAUGAUCUGUUGGUGGACGAUGAAGUAGAUCGUGAAGACGGAGAAGAGCCUGAAUAAGAAUAAAGUCGGAGUCUGAUUUCUGACGACAUCAUACUCUACAAAUACCACGAAGAGAAAAGGAAAGAAAGGAAAAUGGAUGAAACUGUGUGCACCGAAUCAAUCAAGAGCAGAUAGUCUAGUGGACUGAAAAUAUGCCAUAUGAAUAAAUCUCAGGACACAUUUUUUUUCCGAAUAUAUUAUGAAUAUAGAAGCAGAAUUUAGAGGAUCUAGACCCUUUCGAUUGAGAACCUAUGUAUAAAAAUGCAGCAUUUGUUAAGAUAUAUUGAAAGUGGUUUGAAAGGAAAGGGUCUGGAUUGGAUUAGAUAGGUUCCUCCAUUGCACUAAACCUGUAUCGGAACGUAAUACGAAUUCCUCAGUUGUAUUCAUAUGGCCUAGUCGUCGUUUCCUUAAAAUAUGCGACAGAAAGAUGUCCGCUUGGUUCUUAAUAUCGCGGAUUUUAUCAAUAAGUUAGAAUAAAAUAGGACGAGGCACUAGGUAGGGAGUUCCAUUUGCUUUCUCAUAAAAAUUAUUCUUUAGAUAUGACUUCCAGAACGAGGUGUUUUAAAUAGAAUUUUUGAGAGUGACAACUAUAUUUCCUUUUUGACCGCGCAUACCAAGUAUGCAGAUUUUUACGCAAUUCUUAUCUUAGUACUGGUGAAUAAAACAUGAUUAUAAUAAAGAUCCUGUUCUACGAUCCAAUUAAUUUUACAAUAAUGUAUGUUGUCUACUGUGAAUACUGUGAACAAUAAUGGAAAACAAUGCUAAAAGACUCGAUAAUUCGUGAUUGUUACUAGUUUCAAUUUAUAUUCAAUUUACAUCACUGCAGGUGCAGAUUGCGACACAAAUUACAUUUUUACUCUAUCUGACUUUAUAUAAUUUUGUAUUAGUAGGUAUAAUGAAUGUUUAGAGUGCCCCGUUUCUAAGUUACACUAUUCAUACACAUGGCAUGUGACUAUGAUAGCAUUUUGGCUAUAUCAUUUUUUUCCCUUAGAUGUAGUGCUAUCAUUGUUGUAGUUUAUAGGCGAUUUGCGAACAAUUAUAUCAUCCGUAACAUAUUGUGCCUACAAUGUCACAAAGGUAUCCUCAUUGCCAUUGUUCUCUUUAUCACGAUUUAUUAUACUAUCAGUAUUAACUCAAAAUCAGUAAACGCUAUUUGGAUUGCU